CUGGCACACUAAGGUGGUCUCUGUCCUCUCACUCCCUCCUAUUCCAACAUAGUUUCUGCCUUCUGAAUCAUAAACACAGGAGUUGCCACAGAGGCCCCCUCGCUCCAAGGCCCAGUAAUACACACCUAUUCGCAUCCUUUUGACGGGGCCCACCAACCCAUUUGAGCAUCCCAAGACCAGUAAAAAACCAAAAGGGAAAAUGGAGAACAUAACAUGGGGAGCGAUGGAAGACAUUCAGUUGAACUGCAGCAUGUCCGGGAGGCAUGAUUUUAUCUUCACCCUCAUCCCUGUUGUCUACGGCUGUAACUUCGUCAUUGGCGUUGUGGGAAACAGCAUGGUGGUGGCAGUUAUCUACCGCUACAUGAAGCUGAAGACCGUUGCUAAUGUUUUUGUUCUCAACCUGGCGAUAUCUGACCUCACUUUCCUCAUGACACUGCCUAUGUGGGCCACCUUUACUGCCACAGGCUACCACUGGCCCUUCGGAGGCUUCCUUUGUCAGGCUAGUGCUGGCUUGGUCAUAUUUAAUCUCUACACUAGUAUUUUCUUCCUCACUGCCCUCAGUAUUGACCGCUACCUCGCCAUCGCACACCCAGUGGGCUCUCGUCAACACCGUACAGUAGUCUAUGCCCGUAUUACCUGUGUGCUGAUCUGGCUCUUUGCCUUCCUGCUCAGUGUUCCCACGGCUUUGACACGUGACAUCAUUCAGAUCUCCAACACCACAGCGUGUGGCCGACGUCUCCCAAACGGCCCCACCGCUUCACAAGGACUCAGCCACCUCCUAUUGGCCAUCAGCCUGAUGAAGAGCCUGCUGGGCUUCCUUAUCCCCUUCAUCAUCAUCAUUACCUGCUACUGCCUGAUUGGACGAGCACUGCGUGGGGCAAGGAGCAUCCAGAGGAGUACGCGCUCACGGGAUGACGAAGUGUUGCGAAUGCUAGCGGCGGCGGUGCUGGCUUUCUUCCUGUGCUGGGCUCCCCAUCAAGUGUUCCACUUUAUGGAUGUCCUGGCCCAGCUGAAGGUGCUGGAGAACUGCACCACACUAGACAUCAUCGACACAGCCAUGCCCUUCACCAUCUGUGUAGCCUACUUGAACAGCUGCGUCAACCCCAUCCUCUACAGCUUUGUGGGGAACAACUUCCGGAAGAGUUUGCUACGUUUAAUGCGCUGCACCGCACCCAUCACCGGAGCCCACCCAAGCAUCACGUCAAAGAUGAGUGCCCUCUCUUACCAUGCUUCUGAGACACUAAACCUCACAGCCAAGACCAAUAAGACCAAUAUGGCAAAUGUGAAAUAAGAGUUCAGGGAGAGUGUCAGCUGUCCUUUUUCAUUCUGCUCAUCCACGUUUGUUUUCAGAGAAUCAUAGAGAAGAGACACUGUCAUUUUUAAAGCCCCAAAUGUAUGACCAAGCACUGGAAGAAACUAGUUGGACAUUUUUUGAGUUUGUUUUAACAGAAAGUAAUUGACGGAAAUACAAUAACUUUGGCAGUCCAGACAUCCUACAUUACAUUAUAGUACUUGACUUCAAUACAGUUCAAUGUCAUUUCUAGGGCUGUAGCCACUCAGUGGAUUUGUCGAUUUUCUGGUCGAUAUGCUCUUGGUCGACUAAGAUUUUUUUAGUCGCGCUGCCGUAAGAUUGAGAUCUGACUAAAGACUGAGAUCUGAUUCCCGCUUGUGUUACCAUUGACGAAUUAAAGAAAUGU